AUGUACGAGAUGUGCGUUGUCAAUGCUAUAAAUAUAUUCACUGCCUGUGAUAAUACAAGAAAAACAACAGGUGACAGUGUAAUGUCGGGGCCACCAAGAAGGGUGUCUCUAGGAAGAGAGGACCUCCACAGGCUCUCAAAAGAAGAGAUUCUAGAAAUGUGGGAAAAGCAAGAAAUAUAUUUGGACUUUUUAGAAACUAGAAACCCAGAAAAAGCCAAUGAAAGUAAGAUGAUUGAUGAAUUCAUGGCACUUAGAGAUUCUGAGGAAAAGUUAAGGCAACAACAAAUAGAAGCCACAAGGAGAGAAAAUGUGCUAGUUAUGCGCUUAACAACCAAAGAAAGGGAAAUGCAGGACUAUGCUAACCAGUUAUCAGAACUGACUAAAGCACAAAAUACUAGCCCCUCCCAGUUACGGUCUAUGCUACUGGAUCCUGCCAUUAACCUCAUGUUCCAGAGAAUGAAAAAAGAAAUGGACAAUAGUAGAGAUAAAUUAGAACAAGCACAGAAAGAUCUCGCGGCAUGGAAGUUUACUCCAGACAGCCAAACAGGAAAGAGACUUAUGGCACGUUGCCGCAUGCUUCUUCAGGAAAAUGAAGAUUUGGGUAAAACAAUAGCUUCGGGACGUAUAGCGAAAUUAGAAGGAGACAUUGCGCUAGAAAAGACGCUCGUUUCUGAGCUGAAGAAAAGUCAAGCAGAGACUGAUGAAUUUCUGGUUGAACUUGACGAAGACGUUGAAGGCAUGCAGAGUACUAUCUACUUCCUACAACAACAACUUAAAGACACUAAAGACAGAAUUGUUGCCUUAGAGGCUGAAAACGUGAACCUUAGGCAACAACAACAGCAGCAAUCUUUGGGGACCACGGGGAGCACACAUCAGCCCCGCCCUACGAACGUUUCACCGACACCUACAGCCCCAUCCCCUGUUUCUAUGGGGACUUCAGAUUCACGGACUCCAAUGCUAACUGACCCAUCCCCUAGGUCUGCCUCUCCUAUGUUGGCACGGACAGCUAAUGGCAUGCCUGUCGUCGUAAAACAAGAACUGAUGGAAACCGACGAGUUUCAAGAUGAGUUGCCAUCUGAGAACAACCAGCCGAGUGGACAUGACCCAUUCUUCAACAAAGUAUGA